AUGGCGAACUUUUCCAGCCUCACGGACGAGCUCGGCUUUAUGCUUGCGAAGGCGGAGAUUGCGACGCCCGAACCUGACAAAGCCGAAACGAGCGAGCGUGAACCGUCGCAGCAGCUCACCGCCGCCGGCGAAGCCUUGAACGCAUCAGCGACGUGGUUCCGCGCCGCGGCGCGCGACGACGGCGCGCUCGACGGCCGCGCGUUCCUCGCGGCGACGUCCGCGUUGACUCCGUGGCUCGACUCGCUCGGCUGCGGCAUCACCUCGAUGGUCAACGUCAACGUCGCGAAGCUCGAGACGCGCUUCGGCGCCGACGACGCGUUCGAGGAAAUCGAGGUUGGCGCCGCCGUCGCGGACGAGGCGUCGCGCGGCGCCAAGGACGACGACGACAGCGUCUUCGUCGCGUCGCUCUGGAACGCGCGCAUCCUCAGCCUCAUCGGUCGCCUCCUCGAGAGCGUGCUCGCGCAGCCCAUGGAGGCGCAGUGCUCGUCGCGGGACGAGGCGGAGCGGCGGCGGCGGUCGAAGCUGCGCGCCGAGGACGAGAAGAUGCACUCGCUGGCCCAGCAGGGCCGCCAGUCGCUCAUCAUCGUCAGCGACCCCCUGGCGCCGUCGGCCUACACGGGCCGCAAGCUGUCGCCCGGCGUGUCGAGCGGCGGCUUCAGCGACGGUUCGAGCUCGCCGCCGCCGCCGCGCGCGCCGCUCCUCAAGCGCCUGUCGCGGCGCAUGUCCGACAGUUUAGCGCACAUCACGCAGCACGCGGAGCCGCACAGCGAGUUCUUCGACCUCGACGACUCGUACAUCGACGCCAGGACCGUGGAGCACGAGGCGGUCCUGCGCGUGCACUACCCGGCGCGGGGCUCGCCCUGGGCGGCCCUGGACCCGAGCGCGCCCUGGCGCACGUGGUGGGACGCGUGGAUGCUCGCGCUCGUCGUCUACGUCAUGUUUGUGACGCCGUUCGAGCUGGCCUUCGUGAACAAGGUGCCCCUCGACGGCGGGCUCUUCGUCGCGAACUGCGUCGCGGACCUGAGCUUCCUCGGCGACCUGGUGCUCCAGUUCCACACGGGCUACUACGACGCGUGGCGGCGCGAGUGGGUGACGUCGCGGCGGCGCAUCGCCGCGCACUACGCGUCCUGCUACCUCUGGCUGGACGUCGUGUCGCUCCUCCCCUACGAGUACCUCUACCGCAAGUCGAGCGGCCUGGCCAUCCUGCGCCUCGUGCGCCUCGUGCGCCUCGCGAAGCUCCUCCGCGUCGCGAAGGCGCCGCGGAUUUUGGCGAACAUCCCGCUCUUCGCGGAGAUGUCCUUCAAGGCCCACGUCGUCGCCAAGUACCUGGGCUGCCUCGUGGGCAUGCUCCACCUCCAGGCCUGCAGCAUCCGCCUCGCCCACGACUUCCACCGGGGCGGCGGCGACAACGCGGGCACGAACUCGUACCUCGUCUGGAAGGCGCUCACGUUCCGCCACACGUCGUGGCCGAGCAACUGGGCGUCCUACGUCGACUCGCUCGACUGGGCCGUGCAGACCAUGCUGGGCCAGUCCGCCUACAUGACGACGGCCGAGGGCGUGCUGUCCAUCGCGUCGAACAGGGCGGGAAAAGCGUGCGACAUUCCCAAAGGCUCCGAUCUCGGCCGUGUGUCGAACCUCGUGGGCAUCAUGUUCGUCGCGUUCCUCUUCGGCGACCUCACGAACAUCUUGUGCAACCUGGACCCGGCGUCGAACGAGUUCAAGCGCACGGUGGACAACAUGAACAAGUUCGCGAGCGACAACAACUUCCCGCGGCCCGUGCGCGACCAGCUGCGGGACUACCUCCGCCAGAGCGAGAGCCUCUUCCGCGCGAAGUUCCACGGCAACCUCGUCGACAAGCUGUCGCCGAACCUCCAGGAGCUCAUCGCCCACUUCCGCCUGGGCCACCGCGUCGUCACGACGCCCCUCGUGUCCUACGCGCGCCAGUGCACGCUCGGCCUCGUCGUCGGCCGGCGCCUCGUGAUCCGGCCGCGGCGGCGGCCGCGGCCCCGGAAGAAGCCGCGCGGCGGCGACGACGACGACGCGUCGGCCUUCGACCGCGUGCGCCGCGAGGCCGUCAUCACGCGCAUCUGCCCGGGCAUGAACUACGACGUGCGCUACCUCGACGACUUCUCGGCGGAGCGGAGCGUCGCGCACGACCGCAUCUCGCUCCGCGACGAGUCGACGCGCGUCCAGCGCGCGGUCCAGACCAUGGAGUACGUGACGAAGCUCCUCGUGACGAACAUGGCCAAGACCCUCGUGGCGACCCUCUUCAUGGGCGGCGACUACGUCAUCCGCAAGGACAUCACGCUCACGUCGGCCAUGUACGUCGUCGACGGCGGCCGCGUCAUGGUCUUCGGGCGCGACGUGCUGCGCCCCUACGCCAUGUCCUUCCUCACGGAGGGGGGCUGCUUCGGCGACCAGACGGCGGCGAUGAUCGUCGCGGGCCACGCGCCGCGGCCGGCCUGGUACAACGCGCGCGCGACGAUGAUCAGCCGCCUGCUCGUCCUCGAGGCCGACGCGCUCUUCGACAUCAUCUCGAAGCCGGGCUUCGAGACCUUCCGCAAGUACAUCGCGCGCUACGGCGUCUGGGCGUCCUUCAAGAUCAACUUCGUCAAGGCCAUGAAGAACGGCGACCUCGCGCGCGUCCUCACGGACUGGCACCGGGAGGAGGCCCCGGCGGCGGACCUGGCGCGGGCCGAGAGCUUCGACCGCGGCUUCGAGGGCCGCGUCGCCGCGAAGGUCGCCGCGCGCCUCGAGCGGCGCCUGGACGCGCUCGAGGCGCGGCUCGCGGCGGCCGGCGGCGGCGCGGCCCCCGCGCCCGCGCCGCCGCCGCCGCCGCCGCCGCCCGCCGCCGCGCCCGCGGAGGUCGUCGUCGUGACGGCGUCCGACGCGCCGCCGGUCGGCGAGCAGUCGCCGGGCGUCUCGGGCCUCCGGGCGUCCUACGACUACAUGUCGCACCCGCACCACGACAGCUUCGACGAGCUCGCGACGCUCGCGGAGCAGCACGACGGUUCACGGAAAUGGUGUUGCAAACGGGUCGCCUCCUCGAACCAGCUCGAGCCGUCGUACGAAAUGUCGACGCGCACGCUCGUGGCCCCGUACAUGAUACUCGCGUACCAAUCCCAGACCAGGCACACGCCCGUCACGGUGUGCGUCUCCUUGAGGUCGUAG